AUGCAUUGGUCUGAAAGCUCAUGUUCUCCUUCUUCAUCAUCAUCCGAAAAGUUCACUAACAAUAAGAUCCAUUCUCCAAAACGGCUUUCAUGUGGUCGUAGGUUCAACUAUGGAACAUUUCAGCUUACUCACCCUGCAUAUAGCCGGAAGCUAAAACACAUCAUUAAUGAUGAUGACUCAUUGAUUUCCACCAGCACCGCACAUCCCCUGCCUCUUCCUAACUUAACGAUUACACUCAAACGUGAUGUCACAUUGCGGGAUGCCUCUAAGAAAGCUGGUGAAAAGGGAAUAAUGUCACACACCACUAAUCACAGUGAUAGGAAAAGGUCUCAAAGCGACGCUAAAGCUAAUGUGGCUACAUGUCACCCCUUACCUCGCCCUCCAAGAGUUGUUUCCUCACCACCUUAUAUUAACUGUAAACCUGAUUCAAUGCCAAGUUUACCAGCAAAAGGACAAUGGAAAAAAGGAAAGCUGAUAGGUUGUGGGACAUUUGGAAGUGUUUUUGUUGGUUCAAACAGAGUGACCGGAGCUUUAUGCGCCAUGAAAGAAGUUGAGUUAUUAUCAGAGGAUACAAAAUGCAGAUCGUCAGAUCGUAUAAAACAGCUACAACAGGAAAUAAAUGUGCUAAGUCAGCUUAAACAUCCAAACAUAGUUGAGUAUUAUGGUAGUGAAAUAGUUGAGGACCGGUUUUACAUAUACCUGGAGUAUGUCCAUCCUGGUUCAAUCAAUAAGUAUGCUCGCGAUCAUUGUGGAGGAAUGACAGAGUCUAUUGUACGUAGCUUUACACGUCAUAUUGUCUCUGGGCUCGCCUAUUUGCAUAGCACAAAGACAAUUCAUCGGGACAUCAAAGGGGCUAAUUUGCUCGUUGAUGCAAACGGGGUUGUCAAGCUUGCUGACUUUGGAAUGGCUAAACACCUUAAUGCACAAGCUUGCCAUUUGUCUCUAAAAGGAAGUCCUUAUUGGAUGGCCCCUGAGCUCUUACAGUAUGAGACGCAAAAAGAUGCCAGUCCAGAUCUUGCUUUGGCUGUCGAUAUAUGGAGUCUAGGCUGUACGAUUAUUGAAAUGAUUAACGGGAGACCUCCUUGGAGCGAGUAUGAAGGGCCUGCGGCAAUGUUCAAGGUCAUAAAGGAGACUCCACCGAUACCUGAAACAAUGUCUCCGGAAGGCAAAGAUUUCUUGCGUUGUUGCUUUAUCAGGAGCCCUGCAAAAAGGCCAAGCGCUAACACUUUACUCGAACAUAAGUUCUUGAACUUAAACCAGGAUAAAGUAUAAAAUCGUAUUUUGCCAGCAUCUAGGGAUCGAUCACAUGUCAUGAGAGGAAACUGCUCACCAUGCAAGUUUUGCGCAAGAGAAUUUGUCGAAUAAAAAGAAUAACUAAUUUCUGAUAGGGGUUUGCACAUCAAAGAGGGACGACAUAACCCACAUCGAUGAAUUGAAAAUUUGCGUGAGCAUAAACCACUUACUUCCAUCAACAAAUCUCAUUUCACAUCUAAAUUUUUUUAACCUUUUUGUAUCCAACGAAAGCAUAUAUGUAAUCUUCAUCAUAAGGUCGCUUUAUUACUUUUUAUUUUAUUUUC